AUGUCCGUUUUUGCUCUUGUCGAUCUUGGUGUUCUGGCGACGAGGGUUGUCAUGCAGGGCGAAAAGUCAUUGGAUUAUCUACAUGGACUUCUCGUCUAUCUCGCAUGGCACCCAACUCAUCUGAAGCCGAUCAAUAAUCAGAUAUUUCAGUACCUGCAGCUGACAAUUAGCAUGAUAUCUGACUUGGACCUGGAACGGAAAAUGCAAUCACCAACAGAAGCCAUUGUUGAUCGGGUUGCGGCCAGGAACACAGUCUUGGGGUGCUACUUCUUGUCUGCAAGCAUUGCGAUGGGCUUUAAACGGUCGAACAACUUCACAUUCAGUCCUCCAGAUGAAAUGCUGAGCUCAAUGCUAUUAUCGAACGAUCUGGCAGACUCACUUAUUGCUUCUAUGGUUCUGUUAUGCAAAUUCGUCGAGAAGAUACAUAGCCUGAACCUGCAAACCGAAAUCGCAAGGCUAUCAAGUUGGACUGAAUGUCCUCUGCAAAAGCUCACACAGUCCCUCCUUGCAGAACUAGGGCAUCUAGAAAAUAAUUUACCAACUUCUAUCCACACGAACACCAAUAUACAAAUAAUGCAACGAUUCAUCCGAAUCAAAAUCCACGCUCUGUCCCUGGAACAAGAGAAGACCCUCUCACAAAGUCAAAUCAACCCACUCACUUUCUUGGACAUAUUCCCUACUUGCGCUGCCGAGAUAAACAGCUUGUUGGAGUACAUCGUGAACACACCCACCACAGAAUACAAAAAUCUUUCAAUCACCAAUUGGGCACCUAUCAUAAAUUCCGUCGUCAUAUUCCCGAAACUGUGUCAAUUCCCAAUCCUGGAUUUGGGUGUUGCCAGUACGUGGCAAGCUAUGAUUGAGGCUGAGCGUGCUACGUAUCUUACCAACAUUGACCGGCUAUGUGAUCAUCUCGAGGGGACUUCAAUUACAAAACGUCAGCUUAACAGAGACACGCCCAGCAGUCACAAUCUGCCGGACCUGUUUUAUCUUUUCUGUACUAUUUUGCGACUUUUCAAGGAUAAUCUGGUGCGUGAGUCUCGGCUUUUAUCGACCGAUCAGAUACCUCCAAAUAAGAAUGAACAAAGCAAUAAAAGAGCUCGAUCUCGCUGCCCCGUCAUCAAUGGCGAUAUCCAGAGCACAGAUUACUGGACCAUGUGGAUGAACAGUAACAACCUGACGGGUGACGUGGAAUUGUUUAGUGAUCAGGCGGUGGGGUUUCCGGAGUUUGAUGUCAAUGAUCCGACUGUUUUUGAUCUCAGUUCUUGGGUUGAUUUUUCUGUUUGA